GAUGCAAAAUCAAGUGAAAGUUGUGUGUUUUAUCAGAGGGAGAAUCCAGAGCCGAGUCGUUUGUCUUGAACCCCUGUAUUACAUUUCAUCUGUUAUUAUCAUCACCUUCACCAAGAUCUGCAGUGGAACAGUCCCACGACUGAAGGCUCCUGUUUUGUUCGCAGCCAUGCCCUGCGUCCAGGCUCAGUAUGGCUCAUCCCCGCAGGGCGCCAGUCCUGCAUCUCAGAGCUACAGUUACCACACCAGCGGUGAAUACAGCUGCGAUUUCCUCACACCAGAGUUUGUGAAGUUCAGCAUGGACUUAACCAAUACCGAGAUCACUGCCGCCACCACCUCUCUGCCCAGCUUCAGCACCUUCAUGGACAACUACAACACCAGUUAUGACGUGAAGCCGCCCUGUCUUUACCAGGUGCCCCAUUCUGGAGAACAGUCCUCUAUCAAGGUGGAGGAAGUCCAGAUGCACACAUACCAUCAGCAGAGCCAUUUGGGCCCGCAGUCAGAGGAGAUGAUGGCCCACUCCGGGCCUAUGUACUUCAAACCGUCAUCACCUCACGCUCCGGGAACGGCGAACUUCCAGGUUCAGCCCAAUCACAUGUGGGAGGACCCGGGCUCCUUGCACUCUUUUCAUCAGAACUAUAUGACCUCGCACAUGAUCGAUCAGCGCAAGAACCCCGUGUCCAGGCUCUCCCUCUUCUCUUUCAAGCAGUCUCCACCAGGAACACCUGUUUCAAGCUGUCAGAUGCGCUUUGACGGGCCUCUCCAUGUGUCCAUGGGACACGACGGUCCCGGAACGCACCGAGCCCUGGACAGCCAGAGUUUCGCAGUGCCCAGUGCUAUCAGGAAACAGGCGGGGAUCGCUUUCACACACUCCCUGCAGCUCAGUCACGGCCAUCAGCUGAUGGACAGUCAGGUGCCGUCACCUCCGUCUAGAGGAUCACCGUCCACCGAGGGUUUGUGCGCGGUGUGUGGGGACAACGCGGCGUGUCAGCACUAUGGAGUCCGAACGUGUGAAGGGUGCAAAGGCUUCUUCAAGCGUACAGUACAGAAGAACGCCAAAUAUGUGUGUUUAGCCAAUAAAAACUGUCCUGUGGAUAAGCGCCGGAGAAACAGAUGUCAGUAUUGCCGAUUUCAGAAGUGCCUGGUGGUCGGGAUGGUAAAAGAAGUUGUCCGGACCGCCAGCUUAAAGGGUCGGCGAGGCCGUUUACCCUCCAAACCCAAAAGUCCGCAGGAGUCUUCGCCCCCCUCUCCGCCCGUCAGUCUGAUCAGCGCCCUGGUCAGGGCUCAUGUGGACUCCAACCCUUCUAUGAGCAGCCUCGACUACACCAGAUUCCAAGCCAACCCGGACUACCAACUGAGCGGAGAUGACACACAGCACAUCCAGCAGUUCUACGACCUCCUCACCGGAUCCAUGGAGAUCAUCCGCGGAUGGGCAGAAAAGAUUCCCGGGUUCACCGACCUGCCGAAACCGGAUCAGGACUUGCUGUUCGAGUCCGCCUUCCUGGAGCUUUUCGUGCUGCGCCUGGCGUACAGGUCCAACCCGAUGGAAGGCAAACUCAUCUUCUGUAACGGGGCGGUGUUGCACAGACUGCAGUGCGUGCGUGGAUUUGGCGAGUGGAUUGACUCUAUAGUGGAGUUCUCGUCUAAUCUUCAGAACAUGAAUUUAGACAUGUCUGCUUUCUCAUGCAUCGCCGCCUUAGCUAUGGUCACAGAGAGACACGGACUUAAAGAACCCAAGAGAGUUGAGGACCUUCAAAACAAGAUAGUAAACUGUCUUAAAGAUCAAGUCACCUUUAAUGGAGGCGGCUUGAAUCGUCCGAACUAUUUGUCCAAACUGUUGGGGAAACUACCUGAACUGCGCACACUGUGCACACAGGGUCUGCAGCGCAUCUUCUACCUAAAACUAGAAGAUCUGGUCCCACCGCCAGCAAUAAUCGACAAACUGUUUCUUGACACUCUGCCCUUUUAAACCGAGAGAGAGAGAAGGGGAAAAACUAUUUCAAACAACCUCAGAGAACUUCCACAGACUCCCUUAAAAAACUGAAAGUCUGAUUUUUCAAACCAUGCCAACCAUCGCCAAAUGAAAAAGGAUCCAACAAUUUAAAGGCUGGAAAACUCCACGCGAAAACAAUAAAAAUAAAAUAAUAAUUAUACAUUUUGCCAUCGGCAAGUGAUUUUUUCCCUCUUUAUCCCACACACUAUCUGCCUCUGAGUAUCUCAGAACAGAUACAAAUGUAAAAAAAAAAAAGAAAAAAAAAAGUUAAUAAUAUGAGAAAUUAUAAUAAAAGACAGAUUAUCCAAUAGUUUGCCUGAUUUUGAACAAUGACAAUAUCUCGCCACUAAUCAUUGUUAACUGCAAACGUCUGUAUUCUUGGAAAAAUCAGAGUAGUAGAGUGGAGUGUAUCAUACGCCAUUUCUAUAUACCUAUUCAAUAGAUUUAUGUGAUUUAUAUGAUGUGUAUAAAGCUUGUACAGAGACAGUUUUUUCUUUCUUUUAUAACUUGUGCCUGUGUAUCUCUGUCAGGUGGAAAGGAGACGCAUGUUGUAGAGGACUCUUGUCUCUAUUACACACUCUAUAUUCCGGACACUAUGUAGUCUGUUAGAUUUUAUAAAGAUUCGUAGUAUUGGGACAACUUUUAAAUAUGGCACAUGUGGAUAAAAAUACCAGUAUCAUCUGUACAGGUAAAAAGGGACCCAUAGUGUUUGUAAAAUUGUCAGACAUUCCUUGUUUGUAUGUGUUGUAUGUAUUGUUGCUGUUUAAUAUAAACGUUUAUAUAUUUAUUUCGAGUUUGCCGUUAAAGCAUGGUGCAGUUGAAAUGAUUUCAGACGCAUCACCGUCGUCUUUGUUGAAUGUCGCAUAUGUGAUUUAAUUUGCCAUCUUUUUUUCCUGUAGGUGUGUGAAAAUCAUCACUGCCUUUUUUCUAUGGUUUAACUAAAUAUACGCGUUCGGUUCGGUUCCGAAUCCGAAUCAAACUCCACGAGAAAAGAACAUUUAAUGUUUACAAAUAAAACUUUUAAAUAAUUUCCAA